CACACAAUUUUUCAAUUUGUUUUUCAUGAAUUGAAAACCCAAUUGCUGGCCAACAAAUGCAGCAUCGAGGAUCUUGAAGAGAAGCUCGACAAACUCAACAGGAAACAGCGUGAGUCACAAGAGAAAAUGAGGUAUUAUGAACCAGAUGUUGCAAAUAUCAAUACAGUGCUUGAGGCUGGCGUCUACCAGCAAUUCCUCACUGGCGCCAUUCAACGUAUACAUUUGUUCAAGGCGAAAUUCCUCGGCAACCAACUAGCUCAAAAUCCCGACAAUGUCGAGGGAAACUCUGCCCCCAUAGUCAUCGAGGAUUCGACUUCAGCUUCAAACAACUCCAUUCAUGAAAUCCCCCAAAAUGGAAAUGCUGAUGAUAAUAAUAAUGUUGGGGAAGAUGAAGGCUCUCCAAGCUCAUUACCAGGAGGAGGAGGGCCUCAUCUAUGUCUGAGCUUCUUGGAAUCACAGACCAAAUGGAACACUGACCCCAGUGUCGGUGAUGUCUGAUCUAUCGGCGAAUUUAAUUAAUUUCGAACUUCAUUUAUGUAAUAAUAUCGAUCCGUUUAGACGAUGAUUUCGAACACCUCAUUUUAUUGCUACUUUAAUGUUCUAGCUUGAGUUCUUGGAUCUUUUUAUGCUAUGUUUUCAAUUUCCUAAUAUGUUA